AUGAGACAAUCGAAAAGAAGGAAGAAGGUUGCGAAUGAAAUGGAAAUCGGCAAUGGAAGUGAGGAUGAUGAUCAUGGAGUAGGCAACGAUGAACUCCAUUACGAUGAUGAUGAUGUUGACGAUGCAUCGUCUAUGCAUGAUGAGCCAAGUGAAGAGCAGCGCAAUGAUGAAAACACUACAGAAAGAAGCAAUGAUGAAUCUGGACACGAAAGUAAUUUUCUAGAUAUUCCUUUCUUCAAACUCCCAUGUCUACAACAGGCCAAGCUUGAAUCGCCACAGAGCCCAUUUGACGUUCUGGCGGGUAGCUUCAUUGCUCUCAAACAUACCUUAUUGAAGCCUCACUGGUUUCAGUUGUUCUACCGUGAAACUGAAGAGAGCAAGGCUUAUGAAGAUAUUGGAAUAUUCCACGAGUUGCUUGGGUUGAGCCAAAAGGAGUGCUUGGACGUUCUUGUUGCUUCAGGACUUGUAACACCGAACAAGAACUGUCAAAUGAAAGCAAAGAAAGCCAUAUUCGAAAGAAUUCGAGGUAUCGUGGAAGGUGGCUUUGAUUUUGAAAUAAACAUCAACAUCAAGGGUUUUUCUUGCAAGCACUCUUUUGUUUUGAUUGGUCCUCCGACAGAAAAGAUACCAUCGCUGAGUAAUCAAAUUCGCGAAGAGAAGGAGCGACCAGCAAUCGACUCACCAGGCAUUCUCUCCAUGAUCCAAGAGAGCUUCAAGCAGUACUAUGACUCCGAUGCUUUUCCAAAGCAACAAGGAAGAACGACACCACAAGAAGAUGCGAACUAUUGUUAUAGUGAUACCGAUCAAAUCAACACCGAGGGCGGCAUCUGCUAUGUCGAUCCAUCCUCCCCCGAAACGAGCAAUUAUAUAAGGAGAAAGAGAAGAACAUUUGUUGGAGGGAAGUUGGAAGAGUGCCCGAACAACUACAAAUUCAUUUCCAAGCAGCGGUUGAACCACCUGGAGCAGACAGAGGCCAAUCAUCAACCGAUCAAGAAGGCGUGCA